AUGUCGCAGGUGGACUACAAAUGCGACCUGUCCAUUAUUAGUGACGCAUUUCCUUUCUGCCCCCUGGAUUUACCCCCCCUCCCGCUUACACACACCAACAAACACGCGAUACUGAGGUUCCGCUGCUCUCCUGCUCUCUCCCGGUCAACUUGGACAUAUCACCGCUUCUUCUUCAACAAGGUGGAAUAUAUUUUUGCAGAGAAACGCGCCGUGCAUCAUCUCCUCUGGAGCCGGGGAGCUUUGAAAUGCCCCAGUGGAUCAUCUAAAGGUGUGAACAAAAGCAGACGUCCAAGGCUGCAGUUCUUCCUGCAAUACGACGACAGCCGCACAGCUUUUGUCACUCAGAAGGAAUGCAUUCUGUCACUGGAGACAACCACCAACAACCCUGCGGUUAUUGGGAUCGGCAACAACCGUAAUGUUUUCCUCAACGCAGUGGUUCUCAACAGGGCCCAGAUUCUGUGCUGUGCAGUGGGGUCAUGGAUCGUCUGGAGCAUGAUCCUUGUGCCCUCAGAAGCUGACCUCCUGCAACAGAGGAAGACUGUUCCCUCAGCCUCAUGA